AUGUCUUCCCCAGCCGUCUAUGUUUCAGACAACGAAGAUGACAGUCAAGGAAUCCCUGUUCCCAGAGGGGAUGAAGUCUUCACCCAAAGGGGAGACAAAUUUGGUCCACAUUUCAGGUCUCAGUCGACCCCUGCUUCCCUUGGCGCUCUUCUCCGCCUUUGUAACAUCCCUCAGGAAAUUGAAUUCUCUCUUCCUAGACCCAACGAGUCUCCGGAAAUGGUACGAGAGGGUUACUGUUGUGCGUACGAAGUCUAUUUCAAAGGUUGCGGGAACCAGACGAUCCCCCACCCAACUGUUGACUUCUUGUCUUUCUUUCGAAUCGUUUCUGAGGGUGAAACAAAUUGGAAUCCCUUCACCCUUCAACGCAUUCAUAAAGCGGGGCUCGCCAUCAAAGACGGUCAAACUCACCCCCUCGAUCCUCCUCCCGAAGAGAAGGACGUCUCGAGCCUGAAUGCUCGAGAUAAAAGAAAAAUGCAAGCCGAAACCAAGGCUCUUAAGGAUCAGUUAUCCGAAAUCGGGAGAAAGAAACGGAUAGCCGCAAUCUCCAGUGUUGUUAACUUCCACAGGAAGACCCUCUUGGUUGAUGAUGGUUCAUUAGAAGCGGCCCUGUCAAUCGAGGUGGAUACUCAUGGAGCCGAGAUUCUUAACGACCCUCCAGUCGCCACCGCAAUUUGCCCUUCCGAACAAGAGCAAGAGGGAGAAGUAACUUCCUCUCCUUGUACAAAGAGGAAGGCUUCAGAUUCUGAUACUCUAUCAAACGAGAGACUCAAAACCGUGAGAUUAAAACCUUUAGACUCUGAGCUCCCUCUUCCGGGAGACAGAGUAGUUCCAGAGGAAAUCGAUGAGCCGAGACUGGAGGCUCCCCUAUCUCAAGGACUGAGUGUUAGGACUCAAAAUCCUUUACCCGCUUCGAUUUCAGGCGGAGAAGAGAUUGGAGAUAUCUUCCGAAGUUUCCAAACCAGGGAAGGGGCGUCCCUUCCUCCUUUUUCGGUGUUUAUCGAGACUAAUGGAAUGAUCUUCCAUUAUGAGAACCUUCUUCACCAAGCGAAGAGAGAGACCGCAAAGGCUAAGAAGGAGGUUGAUGAACUUAGAUUAGUCAACCAGUCUGAGCGACUUGAGCGGGCAAAAGCACUCGAGUCAUCUUUUGAGAACAUGAAGAAAACUCUAGCAGCUAACGAGCAACACAUCAGAAUUGCGAACGCUGAAAGAGAUUCUGCGAGGUCUAAUGCUCUUCGCUUGGAGGCUGAGCUAGAAGAGACUACGGCUUUGUUCGAAGAAGCGAAUCAAGAGAUCGAGCUUUUAACUAGGAACAGGGCUCGCGAUAUCGCUGAAGCCGAACAUAACGCUCGAGAAGAGAUGAGGGGAUUCGGUAGGCAACUUAUUCAAUCUGUUACGAAGUUCACCAAGGAAGAAGAGGUCUGGACUAAACUUCUAACCGAUCUAGCCGAGCUGAAGAGCAAUCUAGACCUGAUUAAGGAACUAGAGACUGGAAGAGUUUUGUUCGAGAGCGAGAGGAGCGAAGUUGCUGCCGAACUCGCUAUGGUUGAAUCCGAGCUAUCCUCGGCUUCCCGUCCUACUCUCGAUCUGAAACAAUUUUUUUUGGUAUUUGGAGAUUCCCCCUCUCAAUUCGAGAUAGGCGAAGGUUCUCGGCCACACGAGGGUUCUCCUGAGGCAGAGGAACGCUCUUAA